AUGUAUUACGAUAUAUCGAGUGUUCCUCUUACUUCCAGUCAUUAUGGUGUCCAUUCCUCCUCUGUCGGCACUUUCUUUUCCGAACAUCUCAAUUCUCAUCAUUUUCACUCUAAAUCAUCAUCAUCAUUUUCAAACAUUUCCUAUCAGUUGUUACCUUCCUCUUCUUCUUCUUCAAACAAUGUCACAACGACAACAGCAGUUCCUAGUCGACCCAUUCUCUCCAAAGUUGAACAUUUGGAAUCCUUUCAAUGUGCCCUCUCACUCAAUGAAUGUUGCAAACGACGCGAUUGGAAACAAUUCGGAAAUUUAUUGUCGAAUUCCGAAGUCGAUAAAGGAAUUGCUGAAUUGCAACGAAAAUAUGACAAACAAAUCACUCGUAUGGAUUAUGUGAGUGUCUUCAUUCCGAGAUUAAUGAAGAGCACGAAUCGAGGAAAAUAUAAUGAUUUGGUGGAUUUUGAAUUUAGACGAGAAUUUAUUGUGAGCGAAUUGGAAGUGAUUUAUGUUUUUAAUUAUAUUUAUGAAGUGAAGAAUAAUCCUAGUGAAUGUGAAACUGCAACAAUAAGUAAGCAUUUCGCUACUGAAAAUGGUCGUCACUCUACCAGUAGUAGUUCAAAUCGAUUCGAAGAAGAAGAGACUCUUUGGGUGACACGAGAAAGUAGAAAUCAUUGUUGGAAGGUUCAAUUUUUUGGAACUCCGUUACCAUCAUCUUCGACGUUGUCUCCACAGUGUUGUGUGAUUCUGUAG